AUGGAGCUUCAGUGGAUACUAUUUGGGGUGUUGUUCAGCUUUGCAUCAUGCGUGCUUGCGGAAAAAGCGGUUCUCACUAAUGACUUGCCUCAGUUUUGCACAGGCAUGUAUAGUAAACAAGACUGGGAUGGGGAUAUCGAGCCUCACAUCGAAAUGGACUUUCAAUAUUUCAAGUCGGGGGAUAAUAAUGUGGAUUCUUAUCUUUCUGUCGUCAUUUUUGAAUUCAGCGAUAUGGAUGCACUGGGAGUGAAGGUAUCUGAUAUUUCUACACACUAUGUGUGCACCGAACAGCUCGUGUCCAAAGGACUAUGUGACACUAGUGAGCUGUAUCAGUUCAUUGUCGACAAAAAUGUUACUCCGAAGACGGAAAUAUUGUCCAGUGUCCUUACCAGUUAUGGUGGAAACGGCUUACUGUACAAGAUUUCGAAAACAGGCUAUUACUGUGUGGCAUGUUAUUCUCCACCGGAAAAUAGAUUUAGACUUCAGGUGAAUUUCCAAAAUUCCUUUGGAAAUUUGCCAGCAUCGGCGAUUCCCAGACUAAAGCUUCAUGGGUUGAUGGCCAUCGCGUAUGCCGUCUGUCUAUCUGUCUACCUGUAUAGACUGUUCAUUCACAGAUCUGAGGUUAUCUUGCUACAAAAGUACCUUGGCAAGCUUUUUGUGUUUUUGACAAUGGAAAGCAUUAUCACUUGGUUUUGGUUUGCAUUUCUGAAUAGCAACAAAACGCACACAUUAUACCCAAUGCAAGGUGCUACUAAAUUUUGCCUUUUUCUAGUGUCUGUGCUGAACGCGUUUAAGGUGGCCUCUGCGUUUUUCGUGUUAGUGAUCAUCUCCAAUGACCACAAGACUCAAUAUUCCCGACACACCCCGGGGCGUUCUGAACCUUGGCAACUUUCGUUGUAUCCCAUCUUCCUCUUUUGCGAUUUCGCAUUUGGCUAUCCUUUUAUCAUGUUAUCAUUCUUUAAUACUAUAUCCCAGCCGCGCUCAGGCCCCUCUGGAUAUUUUGAAAAAGAUGACAGUGAGAUACUGCUCUGGGGUACAGGGAUAUUAGCUACUAUUGCUUUCACGGCAUGCUAUUAUCUGGCCUUGUCAAUUUUAUGGGGUACUAUAAAACUGCUGGCUAAAAACAAACUCAAGGACAAACAGAAGCUAUAUCAGAAGCUUUUUGGGUUAUUAUCGUUAUCAGCGCUGUUGCUAGUUUUUGCCAUUGUGAGUUCACUUAUACUGAAGGCCAACAACUCAUUCACAGAAUUAAAAAACCUCACCAGCCUCUGUGAUCUCUGGUCGUCUUAUAUUUUUUUUAUGGCGUUCAUUGGUGUUGCCUUCUUGUUCAGACCCAGUCAUUCAUUAUACCUUCUGAGCCGCAAAAACUGGGAGCUUGACAAUCAGUAUUCGGAAGGCCAACUUGAUGUGUAUCGUGGAAAUGAGUUUGAACUCGACGAUCUGCAAGACGAUCUGCACAGACUAGAGAGGGCUAGACUUGUCGAUUCUUCUAGCGACCCAUCUAAUGCCGUACAGAAGUUUUGA